AUGUCGAGGAGCCAGGCCGCGACGUAUAAGGUGCUAGUAGCAAAGCUGUCCGAGGUACAGCAGUCUUUCAAUGAUAUUUGGAGCUUCGUUGAAGAUUUUCCCGAGGAUGCUACCCUUAACCAAGUCACGGUUCGUUUAGAAAGGCUAGACGAAUUGCGUGAGAAGUUCUCCGAGUACCUUAUCGAGGUCAAAACGCACGACAACCAUGACGAUAAGGCGAAUCCCUUGACAAAGGAAAGGCAGGAGUUCAGCGAACGCUUCUACCAAGCGAAAGCGUUUUUGUUGGACCAAGUCAAGCUGAAGCAGGAGCCAGUGGACUUGAAUCAGACCAAUGCGACUGGUCUGGGGAAUCUUGAUCAUGUCAAGUUACCGCAGAUCAAGCUCCAAACUUUUGGUGGCAACGUGGAAGAGUGGCUUAGUUUCCGCGAUCUCUUUUCGUCCUUGAUCCAUGGCAAGGCGGAUCUCCCUGAGGUAGAAAAGUUCUACUACCUCAAGGGGUGUCUACAAGGGGAAUCGAAGAAUUUGAUUGAUUCUCUCCCGAUCACCAGUGCCAACUACAAGAUCGCUUGGGAUCUCCUACUCAAGCGGUAUGACAACAGCAAGCAUCUGAAGAAACUCCAAGUCCAAGCGCUGUUCAAGCUUCCGUGUUUGAUGAAGGAGUCCUCGUCGGAUCUGCACACACUCGUCGACGGAUUUGAGAGAAUAGUGCAGACCUUGGACAACAUUGUUCAGCCCGCGGAUUAUCGAGAUUUGCUGUUGGUCAACAUGCUCACUACACGCUUGGAUCCUGUUACGCGUCGUGGAUGGGAGGAGUUUUCGUCCACCAAACAACAAGACACGGUGGAGGAGUUGAGCGAUUACCUUCAGCGUCGCAUUCGUAUGCUGGAGUCUCUUCCAGCGAAGUCAGCGGAAUCGAAAAGCACUCCCCAGUGGCAACAAGCAGGUAAAUCCAAGGCAACCUCCAUCAAGAGCAGCUACAGCACUACUCAGGCAGUAGGAGGACGAUGCAUAGUAUGUGGCGCUAGUCACUUGCUGUUCCAGUGCAGCGUAUUUCAAGCGAUGUCGCAGUUCGAAAAGGAAGGAGUCCUCAGAAGCCAUUCGCUGUGCCGGAAUUGCUUCAAACUCGGACAUCACGCGAAGGAGUGUCAGUCCAAAUUCUCCUGUCGCUUCUGCCAAGGUCGCCAUCAUUCGCUGGUUUGCUUCAGGCAUGGCAAGGACAGUUCAUCGAAGCCAUCGGUGAAUACGAAGGCUACGAAAUCCACCGCUUCGAGAGAAGUUCGCGAUUCUACAGAACAAGCUACUUCGCGUGCCAGUUCAAGCGUUAACCCUAAUGUACCCGAUCCCCAAGUAUCCAAUAUGGCGGCUUCAGACACGGUUGUGGGUCAUGGAUCUACUCGACAGGCAAAGGUACUGCUAGCGACUGCUGUUUUAAUUGUUGAAGACAACAGUGGCCAUCGCUAUCCAGCUCGCGCUCUUCUAGACUCUGGAUCGGAGAGCAAUUUCGUAACAGAAGGACUCAGUCAACGGAUGAAAGUCAGACGCAGCAAGGUGGACGUCAAGAUCUCUGGAAUUGGCCAGGCAGUUACCAAGGUUAGACAGCAGCUGGAGGCCACCGUUCGAUCGAGACUGACGGAUUUUUCUCAACGUAUGAGUUUCCUCGUUCUACCGAAGGUGACCGUCAACCUGCCAACUUCAUCGAUCAACAUCGAGGAGUGGAACGUACCAGAUGGAAUCGAAUUGGCCGAUCCAUCGUUCAAUGUCUGCAUGGGUGUGGACAUGGUUCUGGGAAUUGAAUCAUUUUUCCAUUUCUUCAGAAGCGGGCGGCAGAUUUCGUUGGGAGAGCGACUGCCGGCCCUUAAUGAGUCCGUUUUCGGUUGGGUCGUUUGUGGAGGAGCAUCGGUUUCUAACCAAUCGCUGAACAUCAGCUGCAACGUGUCGGCUUCAGAAGGCCUAGAAGAAUUAGUAGCCCGAUUUUGGUCCUGCGAGGAGGUCGGAGUUACCGAAAACUAUUCGCCGCAAGAAGCACGUUGUGAGGAGCACUUCGUUCGAACGGUCCGACGUGGAGAGGACGGCCGUUAUACAGUUUCGUUGCCGAAGGAUGAAGACGUGUUGAAUCAAAUUGGUUAUCGAAGGAUGCAGAGCUCCGUGGCCAAUACUGCUCUUUUAUGGAGGUAUCUCCAACUCGGCCACAUGACCAAGGUCGAGAUUACGCAAAUUCAACCGAAGCGCUGCUAUCUACCACACCAUCCGGUAGUUAAGGAAGCCAGUACCACUACCAAGGUUCGAGUUGUGUUCAACGCUUCAAGCGAAACGUCAACUAGGGUGACGUUGAAUGAUGCACUGCUAGUGGGACCCAUCAUACAAGACGAUCUUCGAUCGAUCAUCAUGCGGAGUCGGACGAAACAAGUGAUGCUUGUGGCGGACGUCGAGAAAAUGUUUCGACAAGUCCUGGUUUGUGAGGAAGACAGACCCUUGCAAUCCAUCUUGUGGCGAUCAUCACCGGAGGAGGAAAUUAGUGCGUUUCAGCUUAAUACUGUCACGUACGGCACGAAACCAGCACCCUUUUUGGCUACAAGGGUUUUGAAGCAGCUCUCAGACGACGAGGAAGGAAGGUUUCCGCUCGCUGCCAAGACAGUACGGGAGGACACGUACAUGGACGAUGUAAUAACGGGAACAAACGAGGUGGACGAAGCGGUGGAUUUGAGGAAGCAGUUGCAAGAUCUCAUGGAGGCAGGAGGAUUCAAUCUCCGGAAGUGGGCCUCCAACCCUAUGGGAGUGCUCUAUGGUGUUUCAGCCGCGGAUUUGGCAAUACCGUUCACAAAGGAGAUUUGCCUGGAUCCAGAUCCGUCGGUAAAAACACUUGGCCUUACCUGGAUUCCGGGAACUGACACUCUUAGGUUUCAAUUCAAAGUCCCGCCUUUGGAUGAAGCAGAACUUCUGACCAAGCGCAAGGUACUUUCCAUAAUUGCAACUCUUUUCGAUCCGAUAGGACUCAUCGGAGCUGCCAUUACGUUGUUCAAAGUGUUCAUGCAGAUUUUGUGGACUCUCAAGAAUGAGGAACAAGAACGGCUUGAUUGGGAUGAGCCAUUACCAAAAACGGUGGGUGAAGAAUGGCGAUCCUAUCAUCUACAUCUGCCCACGCUUAAUCAGAUCAAUAUCCGCCGAUGCGUCAUUAUACCGAAGGCAACACGGAUAGAACUUCAUUGCUUUUCGGACGCUUCGGAGAAGGCAUAUGGUGGAUGUGUCUACGUUCGGAGUGAGAAUAGUGAAGGGAAAACUGCUGUCCACCUGUUUGCAUCAAAAUCGAGGGUGGCGCCAUUAAAGAGUCAAACGAUUCCGAGAUUGGAGCUCUGCGGCGCGUUACUGACUGCGGAGCUGUUCGAGAAAGUAAAUCAAGCUAUCAAACUUCCAGUUCACGUACAUUUCUGGACGGACUCCACGUGUGUACUGCGGUGGAUAGCAGCCACUCCAUCGAAUUGGAGUGCAUUCGUAGGCAAUAGGUGUGCAAAAAUUCAACGUUUGACGGAGGGCUGUCAAUGGCGGCAUGUUCCAGGCAUGCAAAACCCUGCGGAUCUGAUAUCUAGAGGAAUUACGCCUCGCAAUAUUGCAGUAAACAGUUUCUGGUGGCAUGGCCCAGAUUGGCUAUCAAAAGGGCCAGUGGGGUGGCCACAUUCAACAGAACUACAGUUUGCAGAAGAGGCUGAGAGGGAGAAACGUCGUACUGUAACGGCCGUCACAACCUCAAGCGCGGAGGAGUUCAUUGAAAAAUACAUUACCAAGUUUUCAUCAUAUGGCAAGUUAAUUCGUAGUACGGCAAUUUGGCAACGGUUCAUCAAGUUGCUUAGGAUACCGAAGGAUGAACGACGAAGUAGAUUUAUGACCACAGUCGAGCUCAAGGAAGCCGAAGAGACAAUCAUUCGGCAAGUUCAGAAAGUCACCCUGGCCGCUGAAUGGAAGGCUUUAUCGAAAGGAAUCCCAGUAUCACAAAAGUCACAACUGCGUUGGUUUCAUCCAUAUAUGUCAUCGGAAGGAUUGAUUCGUCUUGGUGGCCGCUUAGGCCAUUCUGCGGAAUCUGAGGACUUCAAACACCCGAUAGUUUUGCCGAAGGGACACCGAUUAACCCGCUUGCUCAUCGAGAGUUACCAUGAACGGUUGCUCCAUGCUGGACCACAGUUACUUUUGAGCACUGUGAGGUUAAAGUUUUGGCCGUUAGGCGGAAGGGACAUCGCACGGCAGGUUGUUCACCACUGCUAUAAAUGCUUCCGAGCAAAGCCGUCUCCAGUGAAACAAUUCAUGGGUGAACUGCCGGCGGAACGAGUAACAGUAGCCCGUCCGUUUUCGCGAACGGGGAUAGACUAUUUUGGUCCGUUGUAUGUUAGACCGGGACCCAGGCGAACAGCGAUAAAGGCUUAUGGUGCCAUUUUUGUGUGCAUGGCAACCAAAGCGGUGCACAUAGAGUUGGUCUCCGACCUUUCAACAGAUCGAUUCAUUCAGGCACUACGGCGUUUUGUGGCCAGGAGGGGAAAGUGCGCAGAAAUAUUUUCCGAUAAUGGCACCAAUUUUGUGGGUGCCCGCAAUCGACUCGAAGAACUACUGCGUUUAUUGAAGGAUAAAAAUCACAAGCAAGGAGUGAAUAAUUAUUGCCUUGAAGAAGGUAUACGCUGGCACUUCAGUCCUCCAAGUGGGCCUCACUUUGGGGGACUUUGGGAGGCGGCCGUGCGCUCCACAAAGUAUCAUCUGCAGAGAGUCGUUGGUGAUGUUCCGGUGUCCAUAGAGGACAUGAUUACUCUAUUGAUUCAGGUAGAGGGAUGCUUAAACUCUCGACCUUUAACUGCACUCUCAACGGAUCCCAACGAUCUUGAGCCACUUACGCCGGCUCAUUUCUUGAUAGGAGCUUCACUGCACUCGCUCCCGGAGUUGGAUGUUUCGACGACUCCUGUCAACCGCCUUACACAAAAAGAGGUAGUUCAAAGAAAGUUACAGGAUUUCUGGAACCGUUGGAGGCGAGAGUAUCUUUCUCAACUCCAAGGACGGAUUAAACGUUGGCGACCGCCAGUAGAUGUCAAAGUUGGCAAGAUGGUCGUUAUCUGCGAUAAUAAUGUACCACCUAUGCACUGGAAACUAGGGAGAAUUGAGAAAACGCAUCCUGGUACUGAUGGCAUAGUGCGAGUAGUAACUCUUCGAACAGCAUCGGGAAGCUUAAAACGGCCGGUGGAAAAGGUUUGCUUUCUACCGGAGCCCUUUAAGGAGCAUGAAUUCUACACACAUCAUUAG